UGCAUUCAAGUGCUCCUUUGAAGUUCCUUCCAUGUUCCGGCAAACAAUAAAGAUUUUAUAAUCUCCCGAAAAUUUCAAAAUCACGCAUCAUGCUUUCCUAAAUUAUGACUUUGUUCCUACCGGUUUGUUUUACCGAUUUGUUCAAAUCAAUCAACGCCGUGAAUGUUUGUGUUUCACUCUCACCACGCUCAAGGAAGCUUAUCACCAUUUUGAAGUUCGAACUGAUAAUAGGUUAGAGCAUUGUGGCUUGGGAUUAUUUUCAUUUUAGUUAUCACAAACGAGUGAGUUGCAACCGCACGAGUGAAAAGCGUGUAUUGUGGUUUACGGUCCUGUCAUUGAGGCUUAAGACAAUACCGGCAUAAAUCAUUUCCACGCUUGUUCAAGGUUUUACGUUUCUUUCUUCUUUGCAGUUUUGACAACUGAAGUAGCGUAGUAAUAAUUUUCGUGCGUGAUCCUAAAAAUGUUCUCAUCGAAGAAGGGUCAACUCUGCGUUUGCUUAGUUAUUAUUUCUGUUUUUUUACUUUUGGAUGCUUGUUUGAUCUUUGUAUAUUUUAAAUAUUUCGUCCCACUUAAUGGAAAGGGACCUGUCGUGCCAAUAGUUGUCACCACGUGGAACUAUUCAACUGCAAACGAUAGAGCGUGGGAUGUGAUCGCGCGGAAUGGCACUGCUUUGCACUCGGUUGAAAUGGGAAUUGCUCAGUGUGAAAUAGAGCAAUGUCGGCACACCGUUGGAUACGGCGGGAGCCCCGAUGAGCAUGGCGAGACAACAUUGGAUGCCCUUCUAAUGGAUGGAUCCUCAAUGAAUGUAGGAGCUGUAGGGGCGUUGCGUCAGGUGAAGUCCGCUGUUUCUGUGGCUCGGUUUGUUUUGAAUUACACUUCUCAUUCAAUGCUAGUCGGGAGUCAAGCUACUGAUUUCGCCUUGGCAAUGGGAUUCCGCGCUGAGAACCUCAGCACAGACUACUCACUCGAAAUCCACCGCCGUUGGAAGGAAAACAAAUGCCAACCAAACUACUGGCAGAAUGUGAGUCCUGAUCCAAAAAAUAAUUGUGGACCCUACCACUCCAUACGCUAUAGCCUUCCACGUGUAAAAGGAAGUGCCGCAUCAGUGAACGAAAUUGAGAUGAUUGAUGACGAGAAUCAUGAUACGAUUGGAAUGAUAUCGGUUGACCACAAGGGUAAUGUUGCAGCUGGCACCUCUACCAACGGUCUUACAAAUAAAAUUCCAGGGAGGGUCGGAGAUUCACCCAUUCCGGGUGCUGGUGCAUUCGCAGAGAAUGGCAUUGGAGCAGCAGUUGCAACCGGAAACGGAGAUAUCAUGAUGCGCUUUGCUCCAACGGCCAUAGCGGUGGAGCUACUUCGGAUGGGAUACUCGGCUCAAAUUGCAGCGCAGACAGUGAUCAGCCGGAUCUCCAAAUAUUACCCUGAAUUUCAGGGGGCAGUUGUAGUGGCUACACCUUACGGAGACGUCGCAGCUGCUUGCAGUGGUUGGAACACCUUCCCGUACAGCGUCCAUGCCCGCGGGUCCAACAUGACCAUAAAAACAGUACAAUGCACUCAAUACUUGCACUGAGUCAAUCGUCCUUGCAUUUCGAUCAGAGAAUACAAUCAGUAUUAAAAAUAAAAAUACGAGAGCCGAUACGCUGUGGAUAUACAUAAUUUUACUCACAUUAGUGGGUUACAUUGCCGAGGCCUUUCGGCUGUACACAGGCAUCUUAAAAGGCAUUACUGAUAAGCUGAAAAGCAAAACACUAACUCAAGCAGAAAUUUGGCUAAGUACAGUCGAAAGGCCUUGGCAAUGUAAUCCAUUAUUGUGAGUAAAAUUAUGUAUAUCCACAGCGCAUUGGCUCUUUUAUUUUUAAAGUUUAACAUUAUCUAAUGCUGUUUAUCCCACCAUGUUUCAACACAAUCAGAAUUGUUUGAAUGCAAGGAAGAGAAAUGAUUCAUUGACGGUGAAACUCCCAAAGCACGUACCUCGGUUUUCCGGUUGGUAGGUUUUCUACCAAAUCGACCCCUUUUACAAGUUCUGUACGAACAGUUAGUUUCACAUUCUCAUCUGACACCUAUCAACAAUCGACGGCCUAAGUCUGCAAUCACAUAUCUCGUUUGCGGUGUCUGAAAAUCUCCGCCUCUAGGUUAUUUUAGGAGAACAAAUUUAAAUCAUUCUUUGAAGUUUUUGCAGAAUUUUUUCCGCACAGAGAAGGAAAUUCACGGCAAUUUUAAACAAUUGCCGUUGAGUAGUUUUCCGUUUAAAAAAUAAAGUAUGUCAGGAAGUCUGCGACGUCACAAACCGAGUUAUGUGAUUGCCGACUUACACCGUCGAAAUGUAAGAAUUGUUAUUACUAUUACGAGAAUUGGUGGAAAGUUUUGAAAUGCCUUUGUCAUGAAUUGGACUUUGUGUUUUGAACGUGGAUUGAAUUUUUGAACAGGACCGCCUUCAUUUGAGAGAAUAUGCAACCCGUGAAUGUGCGGGUCCUUUGCAACCUCCAGCACAAGUUACAACGAGCACAGACCCCUGAGCGCUCAUCUGGCCCGCCUGCUUUGAAAAUUAGGAAGUAUGCAGGUACUAAGCAGUCAAAGACAUUUGUUUUUAAAAUUUAAACUAUCACCUAAAUAUGUUGUGCAAUUUGUGAAAUAAAAAAAAUUAACAGAGGAUGAAAAA